AGCUGGAGCGCGCGGACCCGUUGCUUUGCCUCUGACCGUGGUACUCCCGUCGUUUCCCUUGCUCUCCUACCCCUCCUUUUCUGCUUUCCUUCCCUUGAGAGCUUCUUUUUCUCCCCGCGAAUAUCCUUUCUCACUUUCAAUUUGAAUAGAUCUCGGAGAAAGAUAGAAGUGACGCAUCCUUGAUCUCCUCCACAGCGGUCGUUCUCGCGCACGCUCUUUUUCUCUCUGGAACUGGAUUUUUGAAACGACGUGGUCGCGUGGAUGAUACACCGGGGCGAGAACUGGAGAUGGAGUUGCUCGUGAUCAGCCUCUCCUUAUGGAUUCUGCAGUGCCGCUCAGCUCGCGCGGACUCCAUUAUCCACAUCGGAGCUAUUUUUGAACAGAACGCCAUACGGGAUGACGAGGUUUUUCAGCUUGCCAUUUCAGACCUGAGUUUGAACGACGACAUCCUCCAGAGUGAGAGGAUUACCCAUUCUAUCAAACUUAUCGAGCCCAACAACCCCUUCCAGGCUGUACAGGAAGCCUGUGAGCUCAUGAAUCAGGGGAUACUGGCUUUGGUGUCAUCGACAGGAUGUGCUGCAGCCAAUGCGCUACAGUCUCUCACGGAUGCCAUGCACAUUCCUCACCUGUUCAUUCAGAGGAACGGAGACGGCACACCCCGUGCCGAGUGCCAGCUCAAUCCCAGCCCCGACGGAGAGCGCUACACGCUGGCUGCCCGCCCUCCUGUGCGUCUGAAUGAUGUCAUGAUCACGCUCGUCUCUGAACUCCGCUGGCACAAGUUCAUCGUUUUCUAUGACAGCGAGUACGAUGUGCGGGGACUGCGUGGGUUUCUGGACCAGGCAUCUCGAAUGGGUUUGGACGUGUCUCUACAACAGGUUGACCGGAAUGUGACAAAGGUCUUUUCCACUCUGUUCAGCACGAUGAGGAUGGAGGAGCUGAACCGUUACCGGGACACGCUCAGACGGGCCAUCCUGCUGCUCAGUCCCCGGACUGCCCAGGUCUUCAUACACCAGGCAGUGGAAACGAAUCUAGCAUCCAAAGAUAGUCACUGGGUGUACGCCAAUGAGGAGGUUAGUGACACAGAGAUCAUGGAGCUUGUCCACAGCGAUUCAGAUUUAAAUGGCAUCAGGCUAAAAGUGGGUGCUUCGACGAACACAGGUAUUGUGUUUGAGUCUGUCCAAGCCAACCUGGCGACGUGGGACUCUGAUCGUGGGCUGAACGGCAGUCUGAGGGAGAACAGGGCUGAGCAUGGCAUGCAAGGAAUUACUCUGAAAGUGGUGACCUUGCUGGAGGAGCCGUUUGUGAUGGUGGCAGAAAACAUUCUAGGUCAGCCCAAAAGUUAUAAGGGAUUUUCCAUAGAUGUUCUAGACGCCCUGGCCAAAAUUCUGGGUUUUAAGUAUGAAAUGUAUCAAGUGGCUGAUGGGAAAUACGGAUCUCCUCAGGCCAAUGGGUCUUGGAAUGGAAUGAUUGGAGAACUAAUUGGGAAGAGGGCAGAUGUGGCUAUUUCAGCCAUCACCAUCACUCCUGAGCGAGAGAAUGUGGUGGACUUCAGUAAACGCUAUCUGGAUUAUUCUGUGGGAAUCCUGAUGACUAAAACCGAAGAGAGACUCAACAUCUUCUCCUUGCUGGCACCGUUUGACCUGGCAGUGUGGGCCUGCAUUGCUGCUGCCAUUCCUGUGGUGGGUGUCAUGGUCUUUCUGCUCCGACGCGUCCAGUCUGUCCGCUCCCAGAAUCCUCCUGGGCCCCACCAGCCUGCUUCUGUCAUGACGUCCUUCCAAAGUGCCAUCUGGAUCGUCUACGGAGCCUUUGUACAGCAAGGUGGUGAAUCCUUCAUGAGUUCAGUGGCUCUCAGGAUUGCAAUGGGAAGCUGGUGGCUAUUUACCCUCAUUGUCUGCUCGUCCUACACAGCCAACCUGGCAGCCUACCUCACCGUAUCCCGCAUGGACAACGCUGUUCGAACAUUUCAAGACCUUUCCAAGCAGACAGAGCUGAGCUACGGAACGGUGAGGGACUCUGCUGUGUUCGAGUAUUUCAGGGUGAAGGGCACGAACCCCUUGGAGCAAGACAGCACUUUCGCCGAGCUGUGGAGAACUAUCAAUAAAAAUCAGGGGCAGGACAACUCUGUGACAUCUCCUGCUGAAGGCAUCCGCAAGGUGAAGCGGGAUCCGUACGCCUUUCUGUGGGACAUGGCGGUGUUAGAGUAUGCAGCUCUGACAGAUGAUGAUUGUACGCUGGUGGUCACAGGAAACAGCAUGAGCAGCAAAGGAUACGGCCUGGCUCUGCAGCACGGCAGCCCUUACAGAGAUCUCUUCUCGCAGAAGAUCCUUGACCUGCAGGAGAAAGGAGACCUUGACAUACUAAAGCAGAAGUGGUGGCCGCGAAAAGGUCGCUGUGACCUAGACAAGCACGCGGAGCCCCAGCCAGAGGGCCGUGCCCUGAGACUGCACAGCUUCGCUGGGGUCUUCUGCAUCCUGGCGGCAGGGCUGCUGCUGGCCUGCCUGGUGGCCGCUCUGGAGUCAUGGUGGAAUGGGCCACGCUGUCAGCGGGCACAGCCCAAAGAGGACAAAGAGGUGAAUCUGGAGCAGGUUCACCAGCGUAUGAGUGGGCUGAUGGAGGACGAUCUGGCGCACAAGCAGCUGCCAGGUCAGUCUCUGGAGAUCUCUGCCCUGGACAUGGGCAGCAUGCGGCCACAUCAGAGCUCCCGGGAAACCAUGAGAGAUUUCCCCCCUGGGGGCCUGUCCGUGACUUCCUUCCUCCAGGAGGGUCCUGGGGUCGGCCGCGUGCCCGGACGGAGCCUCCCCCUCCCUCUCAGCAGUUCCACUCUGCCACCCUCCAUGCGCUGCAAACACCGGGCGCCCAACGGAGGCCUUUUCCGCCAGAGCCCCGUAAAGACACCUAUGCCCAUCUCUUACCAGGCAGUGCCCGGGGGACCCAUCCCAGAAGCCAUUGAUCCAAGCCAUGGGACCUCUAUUUGAGCCGACCGGUCUGAGCGUUCUAAAAACUGUCAACCAGCCAAUCACAAAAUCCAGGUUUGGAACAGGUCUGGUUGCAUUUAUACAAUUACAUACAUACAAACAGAUAUUGAGAUCUCUCUUUUUUUUCAGUACAGAUACAUACGACUGUGAGACGCUGACUUUUCUU